AUGAGCGAGGUGAGCCGCCGCAGCCCCGGGGGCGGCGUGUGGGGAGCGCUCGGCCGUGAACGUGACCUUCCCUUUGGGAGAGCGGGUCGGGAGCCCGAUGGGCAGAAGAAGGUUCAAGAGGAAUUUGACAUAGACAUGGACGCGCCAGAGACAGAGCGGGCGGCUGUGGCGAUACAGUCCCAGUUCAGAAAGUUCCAGAAGAAAAAAGCGGGGUCCCAGUCUUAGUAGCUACCUCACAUCUUAAAACAAAGUAAUCUGAAAUGAUUUAUCGAGAAAAUCAGAAAUAACACAAAGAUGCAUGUACAGAAAUUAUCAAUAUUUAAACCCCCAAUGGCAGAUAAUAAACCAUAAACUUGUGUGUGACUUCAUCCCAGAUGUUUCACGCCCAUUGUCCUCUGUAACUCACCACUUUACUUGAUGUUGUAAUAAAAAGUUAGGGUGAAGUAAUUAAAGUGUCUGCCUUCAUCUGUCUUUUCAUAUUAAUCCUGCAACCACAGCGUUACAAAUGAACCCAGCCCAGAUGCCUGUUUUCGUCUCCAUGUAAAGCUUGGAGACAUAAAUAACACCGUAUGUUACAAGGUUUUUGCUGAGGGAUGAGAGCGUGCAUCUCAGCCCAGCUUACCUCAUUUGGAGAAUUCCAGCUGCCAGCCAAAUGUGACAAUGAAAUUACUUCCUGGUAAUGAGCUGAAAGUAAAAAGUUGCAGACAGAAGCUGGCAUGAGGGGAAGAGGUGUAGGAAGCAGUGAGCAGUCUAUUUUUGUCUAGUGAUUAUGCCAGUGAAGUGGCUUAAGUGGGGAAAUUGUCCCUGUCCUUCUUCUUUGCAUGGUAACAUUCAGAAUUACCCAGCUUGGACCACAUUGACCGUUAUGGAAAAAAAGAAUUCAGACACAAAAUACAAAA